UACACUUAUGUGAUAUACAUGUUGCUAACUUCAUUAAACACAAUAAAAUUAAAAAUUAACCAUAUUCAUAUUUACUCAAAAUCGCAAUUCUUUAAUAUUAUACCUGUACUGUAAUAAAAGAUCUUGGAUCAUAAUAACAAUAUUCUGUAUAUAUUUUUUAUGGUAUAAUCUCGGAUUUGGUUUGUUAUUGGCUGCGUACUGCAAAAACAAGUACAGUAUUGCUGUAUAGUCGUUCGCUAAUUUGCAAAUAAUUCAAUCGCUUUUUAUGUUCAAUAUUUAUUCAUACGUUCAGUUUCGUGAGUGAAGUGAAGCGAUUUUAAAGAGAUGUGUUGGCAAAAAGGGAGCAGUAAUUAUUUUUUUGCAUAGAGUCGAGUUCAUGUAGGAUCUGUUUUGGUCAUAACAAGAAGUGGUAAACCUAUCGUGGGAGGCGGGGGGAGCAUGGGUAGGGGUGCGCGCUGGCGGCUGGCGGCGGCGCUGGCGGCGGCGGCGCUGGUGACGUGGGCGUGGCGCGGCGGCGGCGCGGGCGGCGCGGGCGGCGGGGCGCGGCGCGGCGCGGCGGCGCCGGUGGAGGGCCGCGAGCUGCCGCUGAUCUUCAUCGGCGGCGUGCCGCGCUCGGGCACGACGCUGAUGCGCGCGAUGCUGGACGCGCACCCGGACGUGCGCUGCGGCCAGGAGACGCGCGUGGUGCCGCGCAUCCUGCAGAUGCGGCAGCACUGGGCGCGCUCGCAGAAGGAGAGCGUGCGCCUGGAGCAGGCCGGCGUGUCCAAGGCCGUGCUCGACAACGCCAUCGCCGCCUUCUGCCUCGAGGUCAUCGUGCGCCACGGCGAGCCCGCGCCGCGCCUCUGCAACAAGGACCCGCUCGUCCUCAAGAUGGGCACCUACGUCCUCGAACUUUUCCCCAAUGCUAAAUUCUUGUUCAUGGUGCGCGACGGUCGUGCUACUGUUCAUUCGAUAAUCACCAGGAAGGUGACGAUCACGGGCUUCGACUUGACCAGCUACCGCCAGUGUUUGAACAAGUGGAACCACGCGGUAGAGCUGAUGUACCAGCAGUGCAAGACGAUGGGCCCCGACAAGUGUCUGAUGGUGCGGUACGAGUCGCUGGUGCUGGCGCCGGAGGACACGCUGCGCCGCGUGCUGGCCUUCCUCGAGCUGCCGUGGGACGAGGCCGUGCUGCACCACGAGCGCUACAUCAACCAGCCCAACGGCGUCGCGCUCUCCAACGUGGAGCGGUCGUCGGACCAGGUGGUGCGGCCGGUGAACCUGGACGCGCUGGACAAGUGGGUGGGGCAGAUCCCGGCCGACGUGCGCGCCGACAUGGCCGAGCUGGCACCCAUGCUGUCGGUGCUGGGCUACGACCCCUGGGCCAACCCGCCGCGCUACUCGCCCGCCGCCGCCGCCGCCGCCGCCUCCGCCUCCGCCGCCGCCACGCAGCGCGCGCCGCAGCCACCUUAGACAAAUAAUAAAUAAAUUAUCACUGUUGU